AUCAGCUGCUCAGCUCUAAGUUGUGAGCAAAGUAAAUAGAUAAAAAUCAAAUGAAAUGCCUCAGAAUAGUGCUGGGUAACCUGUAGAGUAGAAUGAGAGGCAAAGAGUCCCACAGGGAAAGAAUAAGAAUUUAGUAAUCACUAUGCUGACAGAAAUGUAUGUGCGGUCCAAACACUAAAGGUCAUGUACACACAUUACUACAUAUGUGAUAGAAGCAAAUGUUGCUGUAAACAUGAAAACAUUGAUACUUAAUGUUAAAGAAAUAAUAUUAACUACUAGAUAGAAAUGAUGGCUCAACAGUUAAAGACCAUUAACUGCUCUUACAGAGAUCCAGUGUUUGAUUCCAAGGCUUUUAUAUAAUGUACAGACAUGCAGGCAAAACACUCAUAUACCUGGUAUAAAUAAUUUUUAAGUCCCUCAUAACAUGAACAUUUGGCUUUCACGUAGGUCAACAUAUCCUUCUGCCUGAAAUAAUAGAAUUCAGGAUGUUUGGGUGGACUCGACCCUUUAUUAUUCUCAACACUUUAUUUUAUCCCCUAAGAUGGCCAAGAAUCCCAGGAAUGCAGUUGCUAAAGUGUCAUCUAUGGACCUAACAUUGAAAUGAGUUUUACAUUUCUCCAGUUGGUGGUGGUGCACAACCUUGAACCCAGCACUUGGGAGGUAGAGUUAGGUGGAUCUCUGUGAGUGUGAGGCCAGCCUGGUCUACACAGCAAGUUCCAGACAGGGCUACACAGAGAAUCCCUGACCUGAAAAACCAAAAGAAGAUACAAAGAAGAGGAGGAGGAGGUAGAAGAGGAAAGGAAAGAAUUGGACAUUUCAUCCAUUCUCUCUGCUCCUGAGCAGUAUAUUUUUCUACAAACACCAUUUAUAUUUUUUGAAUACAGUUCAUUCAUUUGGUACUCUAGACCUAACAAACCUGACCCACAUGAACAUCAUGCUUUCAGGUGACACCAUCUUCCAGAUCUUUCUCAUAUUGCAGUUCAGUCUUGGUGUUCUAGGGAACUCAGCACUAUUGUUGUUAUAUAUAUACACUUUUGUCUUCAGGCCUUAUUAUAAGAAGUUGAUAGAUUCAGUUUGUAUUCACCUGACAAUAGUCAAUAUUUUGCUGAUCAUAUUCCUAUUGACAAAAGAUAUCAUGUUAUCCUUUGGAGUAACCAAUUUUCUGGAUGAUAUCGGUUGUAAGGCAGUCUUGUUUUCAUUCAGAGUCAGCCGGGGUCUGUCCAUCUGCAGCACCUGUGUUUUAAGCACGUUCCAAGUCAUCACCAUCACUCCCAGUACUUCUAAGUGGGCCUGGCUUAAGCCUAAACUGUCUACAUGGAUUUUUUCUUCCUUACUUUGCUCCUGGCUUAUUAACAUACUCAUCUAUGGAUAUAUGCUUCCAAUGGUAGUAGCCAAAUCCAAUAAUACUCUUGCUGGCUAUGGAUAUUCAGAUGGUUAUUGUAUAAACAAGCACCCUGGGAACCAAAAUUUAGGGUCAUUUUUUAGCAUUAUCCUUAUUCAUGAUCUCUUCUAUGUGACCAUCAUGAUGUGGGCCAGCCUCUACAUGGUGAUUUUCCUCUACAGACACCGCAAGGGAGCCCAGCAUCUCCGCAGCCCUAAUCUUUCCUCCCAGACAUCUCCUGAGCGCAAAGCCACCCACAGCAUCCUGUCUCUGGUUAGCUGCUUUGUGUUAAUUUAUUGGUUGAACAACUCUGUCACUCUUUAUGGCUUUUAUGCAAAGGAAAAAAUUCCAAAACUGGAGUCAGUAAAUUCACUUUUGACAACAUGCUACCCAACCAUCUGCCCUUUUUUACUCAUGAAGAAUAAUAAAGUUAUUCUGCAAUUCAUUUCUUCAUUUUCUGUACUGAGAAUGACCUGUUUUCAAAGUUCACUCCACGACUGAACAGAAACACCCACGUCUAGGCAAUAAAACAAUGUCUUAACAAUUUUCAUAGAAUUAAGAAUUUGAAUGCAGACCUAGCUGGUUUGGUUUGCUUUGCUUUGCUUUACUUUGGUUUGAUUUUUUUAAACAGGGUUUAUCUGUGUGGCCUUGGGUGUCCUUCAACUCACUUUGUAGACCGGGUUUGCCUUGAACUCACAGAGACCUAUAGGCCUCUGCCUCCCACAUGCUGAGAUUAAAGGCAUGUGCCAAAUAGAAUUACAUCAUAUACCCACCUCUUUUUCUUUCCUCCUGACCCACCCAACAACCUUCCCUUAAACCUUCCCUCUCCUAUUCCAUCCCCCACAUACACUGUUAAGUUCAUAGCACUUUGUCCCUCAAUUAUGAUCGUUACACACAGGUGUAUGUGUGUGUAUAUAUGUAUAUGCACCAAUAUAUAGAUAUACCAUAUGCUAAAUCUAUUUCUGUUGUUUGCAUACAUAAUGACCACUCUGCAUUGGACAACCAAUAAAAGAGUUCAUCCUGGGAGAUGCUAAUUCUCCUUCAAGCAGUCCUAAGUUGCAUAUAAGUUUUUGUCUAAGAUCAGUACCUCCAUGAGAAUCCCCCCAAGUUAAUUUGUCCAUUGUUAUUGUCAUUGUGUCCAUCUUGAUUAUAUAGCCAUUUGUAGAUGAGACUCUUUCAUGGCAAACUUACUGGUAUUCUGGCUCUUAAAAUCUUUUUACCUCCUCUUCUGCAAUGUUCCCUAGGCCAUAGAUGCAGGAACUUUGGUGUAGAAGUAGCCAUUGGAGUGGGGCUCCACACAAUCUGUUGAUAUCUACAACACUGUGGUCAGUUUUUGCUUUCUGUGAUGGUCUCUUUUUGAUCUGAGGAUUUGGAACUAGGAACCAAAUAUGAAAAAGAAUAUGCACUUAUCAUUCUGGAUCUGAUCAUCCAUACUUUUCUAAUGAAUUCAAAUAAAACAUUUUCAACAAUCUUGCCAUGACUGCAAUCCUUUGAUAUGUUAUAAGCUUCUCUAUCUGGGGUGAAUGUUUUCUUACAUAACCCAAUAUAAAAUCUUCUGCAACUGCUGGCAACUAAGCACAACAUUUUGUAUUCAAACUUGAAUUGGAUUGGAGUGUCUGCCAAGAAAAACCUAGUAAUACAUUUACAGCAUUUCCAACUCCCCCUUAGGCCCUCACACUCCCCUAUCACCCUACUCUUUCUCAAACUCAUGGACUCUUCCUUUAUAAUUAUUACUAUUAUAUACAUAUACUUACACAUACAUAUUAUACAUUGAAUAUAUGUAAACUACUGAAUCCUGUUAGUGUUGCUUGUCUGUAUCUGUUUCAAAGGCUGAUUACUUAAGGAUGGAUAAAAUCUCAGGGGCUUUAUACUGAUUCCCCUUCUCUCAGCAGUCAUCGAUUCCCUAUAAUUCUUCAUUUGGGGGUGAGGUCUUGUGAAAUUGUCCCAACCAUUUUGGCAUCUCCGCUGGUGCUGUCAUUAUGCAGGUAUCAUCUGGACAACCACAUUGUUGAGAUUGCAUAGUUGCAGCUUCCCUGUCAUGUACUACAGUAACUAUACUAGUCUUAUGGGACUUACAAUCUGUGGAACCCCUCUUCUAAUGUCGACUCUGAGAUUGAGGGGUAAAGAUUGCAUUGUAUUAAUUGAGAAUGGGUACCCCAAGGUCACUUCUGAAUUUUGAUAAGUUGUGGCUCUCUACGGUAGCCUACGUCUGCUGCAAAACAAUCUCCUGAAAGAACAGGAAUUCAAGGCCCAUACCUAAACAUAGUAAAAGCCAUAUACAGCAAACCAGUAGAUAACAUUAAUCCAAAUGGAGAGAAACUUUAAGCAAUCCCACUAAAAUCAGGGACUAGACAAGGCU